UCCUUCACUUCGCCCUUCCCCCGGAGAGGAGACCGAGCGACUGACUCACCGACCGCUCCGCUCCGCAGACACCCGCCAGAUAUAAUGGCUGUACCUCCAUCAUACGUAGACCUUGGCAAGUCAGCCAGAGAUGUUUUCAACAAAGGCUAUGGUUUUGGGUUGGUAAAGCUUGAAGUGAAAACCAAGUCAGCAAGCGGAGUGGAAUUUACAACUUCCGGUUUAUCAAACACUGAAACUGCCAAAGUAUCGGGAAGCUUGGAAACUAAGUACAAGUGGUCUGAAUAUGGACUCAUCUUCACAGAGAAAUGGAACACUGAUAAUACUUUGGGGACAGAAAUUGCAAUUGAAGAUCAGCUUGCCAAAGGUCUGAAGUUGACAUUUGAUACUACCUUCUCACCUAACACGGGGAAGAAGAGUGGCAGAGUCAAGAGUGCUUUCAAGCGUGAAUAUUUGAACUUGGGUUGUGACGUGGACUUUGACUUUGCAGGCCCAACCAUUCAUGGUUCAGCUGUAGCUGCUUAUGAAGGAUGGCUUGUUGGUUAUCAAAUGUCCUUUGAUACAGCCAAAUCAAAACUGACCCAGAACAACUUUGCAGUGGGCUACAAAACCGGCGAUUUCCAGCUACACACUAAUGUGAAUGAUGGUGCAGAGUUUGGAGGCUCAAUCUACCAGAAGGUCAGCGACAACCUGGAGACAGCUGUAAAUCUUGCCUGGAGUGCGGGAAACAACAGUACCCGCUUUGGCAUUGCUGCUAAAUAUCAGCUUGAUUCUACUGCUUCCAUUUCUGCAAAGGUCAACAAUUCCAGUUUAAUUGGAGUAGGUUACACCCAGACUCUUAGGCCAGGUAUUAAACUCACUCUGUCUGCCCUCGUUGAUGGAAAGUCAAUCAAUGCUGGGGGCCACAAACUUGGCCUGGGUCUGGAAUUGGAAGCUUGAGAUAUCCACCUCCUACCUUCAAUGACAAAGGGAUAUCGGAAGAAAGCAGCAUUUGGCCUUAUUCUGUAUUUCCAACAUGACCAAUGGGCGUUUCUGAAAGGGAUGUUUCGAAUCAACCACGUACUUGUAUUUUUAAUACUUUAAACUGUCAUUUUGUUUUUUGAGUGAAAUUGGUUAUGUCGCAGACGAUACCGAAGUCGUAGGACACUCAUUUCUAUAUUAUUUAAAAUCUAUUUAACUGUUAUUACACCAGUCUCCUAAUAAUGAAAUUGACCUUUACAAACUCAGUUGUGGCUGCAUGUUUUUUGGUUUAAUGUCUAUUUUGAGACGUCGUGGUGUUUUCAGUCCACCUACAGUUGGAUAAAUUGAAAUUAUCCACGUUGCAAUUAAAAUUUUAUGGAUUCUCAGUGUAUAGCAAAUUAUUCCAAAACUUAUUUUCGAUAUCCCGAACCCAUAACGACUGAUGCUGAAUAAAAAGGAAUAAAC